UCUAGACUUCAAUUCCCAUCAUCCGCUCCACCAGAAACUAGGAGUAAUCAGAACGCUGAUGGACAGGAGCAAAACAGUGGUCACAGAGGAAACAGACAGACAACAAGAGGUCGAACACAUCAAACAAGCCUUGUCACUCUGUGGUUACCCAGACUGGACUUUCAAAAGAGUGCAACAUCAGUCCAACAAACCCAAACCCAAGAAAGAAAAGAAGAAAGAAGAACAGAAGUCUAAGGGCAUGAUCAUCAUACCUUAUGUCAAAGGCAUUACAGAGACACUUGAAAGGAUUUUCAGAAAACACGCCAUUGCCACGGCAGUUAAGCCCAAGACCACGCUCAGAAACUUGUUGGUGCACCCCAAGGACAGACUGGAAGACUCCUCUAAAACAGACUGUGUCUACAAGAUCCCGUGCAAAAGUUGUGACAAGGUGUACAUUGGAGAGACGGGCAGGACAUUCAACACCAGACUUGAAGAACACAAAAAGGAGGCACAAAACAGCAAAGGCAGUGCAUACACAAGAUCUCAGAAGAAGGCAGCAGAACAAACAGAGAACAAAUCGGCAGUCACAGACCAUAUUCAUAGAAACAAUUGUGUAAUAGACUGGGAGGGGACAGACGUGCACAGGAACAAAUGA